AUGUCUUUGGACUUAUUAAUACAGUUUCCCUCCUCUAGUCCAAGGUUUAAAGCAGCCGAAACUACAUUGCAGCAAACAGUCCAGUGCUUUAAAGAACUCGCUGAGGAAUAUGAUAAACUUGUAGCUGAAAAUAUGGAUUACAAAUCUAAAUAUCAGGCUCUUAUGGAGUGUAGCAGUAAUACUAGUUCAGAUGCACUAAAGAGAGAAGUUGAACAAAAAAAUAACAUUAUACAACAAGUUGCAUCGGCUCUAUCCAAGCUACUUGAAACAAAAGAUUUCAAGAUCAUAGAUGAAAUUUUUAUGUUAAUCUGUGGAGAUUUGAAACAGAAACUUGGUGCUAGUCCAAAAGAAUCGAAAGUAGUUCAAGAUAAAUCCUUGUCGGAGGUAGAAGGUACACCAGGACGGAAAAGUCCCAUAAUUGCAAUGAGUAAAAAGAUUAGAAGUAGUACUACCCACAGCUUAAAUUUAACUAAGAAGUGUGAUGGACGGGACACACCGGAGAAGAAAAAUUCCCUGAAGCUAGUUUUUCCAUCUCCGAGUAAGAGCAAAGGUGGUGGCAGGAUGAAACAGUCUAGACUCAACGUUAUGAAGUCAAAAUCCUCCUGUGUUGUCGAUCUUACUUGUUCUCCAGAGGCCAGACUAAGAGAGGAUGAUGUGGAUAUGAAGCUUGUGAAAAAGGAAUUGAUAGACUACGAUGAAACGAUAUUGCCAUCACCAACAAGUGGAGCUCUGGUUCUGCCACAAAUGUAUAAAUCCACAAAGGACAGUCCGAACAAAUUUCAAAAGCCCACCAUAUCAAUAAACAUUAAAGCGGAGAAAGAAACUCGAGUGAAAGAUGACAUACUCUCGGCUACAUAUACCCAGCAAAUUGAUCUGAUGAAGUCCUGCAAGAGAAGUUUACAACUAAUUAAAACAGAAAAAACUGAUGAAAACGUGGAAUAUGAUGUGAAUAACAGUGUCUCAUUAUUGCAGCAGAAGUCUCCACAAAGCCCAAAGAAACAACCUCUAUUGUUGAACAACAACCUGAUGAAUAUCCAGGAUCACAUGGAGUCCAGCAUGUCCAUACUCCAAAAGAAUAAGGUGUCCCCGACCAACAACCAGCCAGGAGUCAAAGCGAAGAGAACUAAAGUGGAAGAUGCAGGACCAGUGUACAAGGAGCCUACGGUGAGGAAGAAGAGCGAGAAACGCGCUCUUCCUGGUUGGAGCUGUGACAAAUGUAAACAGUUCUACGGUACUCUCUAUGCGGAUAACCCGGACAUGCUCGCCCAAAAAAUGGACGAAUGUUCCAAGCACCGUGGUCGUAACAACCCAGUGCGACCAUCUACACCACCUGGAUUUUGGGAACCCAGAUGGGAUGUUCCCACCGACACUGAAGAGUUCAAUAGAAGGAAUAACGCUAUUUGA